GGUUCUGAUUGCGAAUAAAUUUUUUAGGAGUAAGUUUUGAGAUUUCAUUAUGGCGACCAGGCUACAGUUUGAGAACUCAUGCGAUAUGGGUGUAUUUUCUAAGCUCACCAACGCCUACUGUUUGGUUGCUAUUGGUGGUUCUGAGAAUUUCUACAGUGCAUUUGAGACUGAGUUGGCAGUACAAUCCCUAUGGUUAAGACCUCCAUUGGCGGCACAAGCAUUAUUGGACGCCUUUGUGCAGGAAACAAAAAUGGGCUUCUCUUGCCCCACACCACCACUGACCAAGGUUUGUAAUCUUUUUAAUCUUUCUGACAGAAAAUAAUGUUAUGCACAUAUCAGUAAGUCUUAUAA